UAAUGACCCACUGCAGUCUUAUUCGCCUCAAGCUGCUGUUAGGAAUGUGAGAAUAGACGUUUCUGUUCAGUCCAAAAGCAAAGGGUUUUUGGUGGUCUGUGAAAUAAAGAGCAACCAACCAGUAACUGGGGACCAACGAAAUGGAUCACACUGACGUGGUGGAAUAUGUUGCAUAUGAAUAUUACACAAAUGAUUUAACCGAUUUCAGCAUUUGUCUCAAGGAACCCUUGGCCCGAGUUGGAUCCAUUGCAGUUCCUUUAUUGUUUUCCACUGUGGUCCUCCUCAGUCUUGUUGGUAACAUACUGGUUCUUGUCAUUCUUGGCCUCUACGAGAACCUCAGAUCAUUGACCAACAUCCUCAUCCUCAGCUUGGCUCUCUCCGACCUGAUGUUCACUCUUGGGCUUCCACUUUGGUCGUCUCAGUACAUCUGGGGCUGGACCUUUGGUGAUGCAGUGUGCAAAGGUGUCAACUUUGUCUUCUCAGCUGGAUUUUACAGCAGCACUGUGUUGCUGAUGUUGAUGACCAUUCAGUGCUACGUAGCAGUGGUUCACCCUCUGUCCGACUGGGAGAGAGGACAGCGGUUUGCAGCUGUUCCCAUCCUUGCUUGGGUGGUGAGCUUUGGAGCCGCAAUACCAGCCUUACUGUACAGUGAAGUGAUGGGUGACCCAGAAGACUCUAACGUGGUCUACUGUGAGUUUAACAGCAUUCACACUAAAAACCAACAGAACAUUUUCUUCGUCAUUGCGUUUUUGGUCGUGGCUUUUUGCUACGUAAGAAUUCUUCAAACCACAUGCAGAAAAACCAAGAGACACAGGACUGAGAGACUCAUCUUCUGGAUUGCAGCCGUGUUUUUCGUUGGCUGGGCUCCUUAUAACAUUGUGAUAUUUCUGCGCACCUUAACUGAGCAUCAGGUGGAGCCUUUUACACACUGUGAGGUCUCCACUCAUCUUGAUUAUGCUCAUCACGUCUGCCAACUGCUGGCCUUUUCCCACUGCUGUCUCAAACCAGUGUGUUAUGUUAGUGUACGAUUUCGGAAUCACUUCAAGAGGGUCCUGCGGAAAAUGUUUCGAAGCCAAACAAGUCCAGCCUCAGAGUUCUGAGACAGAAACAGUGCAACUCUCAGAAUCUGUGUAAAUACAGGACCAGUUAAAAGUUUGGACAAACCCUCUUAUUCAAUGUUUAUCUUUUUUCUUCUUCUAUUUGUUUAAACUGAGGGCCUGGCCCCUUAUGUUCUUAACUAGAACCAGGCUGGUCAGCUAGAUAACAGGUCAAAAGAUCCAACAGCUCCAUCAUUAAAGCACUUACAGUAUGAUUUACUGCAAAACGGCAGCUUAAAAGCCUAAAAUAUGUCCCUUGAAUGGAUUAUAGGCUUCAGUCAGUUGUACUGUCAAACCCAGGCUGAAUCCCAAAUGGCUCUAUGUUCCCUAAAUAGUGUGCUAGCUAUGAAAGUUUCGA